AUGUAUCCUGCCUUCGUGAAGAUUUACUUGCUGCCUGUAGCAAUAUUGUGUUCCACUUUUAUGGUAUCGCAUGAAAUUACAUUUGAUGCAGUCGUCGGUAAAUACAUCCAACAUAUUUUAGACGAAUUUUCAAAAAAUCCAACUUCUGGCACAUUUGACAAUAUCAUUAAUCCGAAACUAUGUGGAAACGAGAAAGCAGAGUUCUUUUUGCCAAAAAUCUUUAUCUGGUGCCCUAUUACUCACUAUAGUCUGAAGCUACAUUGUCCAGAGCACAAUACUGUUCUUGAGCCGGCCUUGUGGACAAAUCUCGUGGAAACGAAGAGUCCACGCAACCCAUGUUUAGUUUACGACCUGAACGGAAAUGUUCUGCUGGUGCAAAGAUUUUAUUUUUGCCGCUAUGGAAAACAUAGGUAUUUAUCAUCUUCUCCUGAAAUUUUAAGAAUUAUUCCAAAUCUUUACUCUGCAGAAUGUUUUCCAAUCAAAGUACUUUAUAGGUCUGCGUUUUCUAAACAGGCUGUUGAUUAUGUGACAUCUCAGGUUUCGCAAGGAGUCAACUUCCUUCAAAUAAGUGAGGCAAUUGCAACUCUACACUUUAAGGACUAUUGUCGUAGAGGUAAUACAUAUAUCACGAGCCUUCUUCAUGAAAAUAGCCAUCCCUUACAACAUGACUUCAAAGCAGAGAAUUUUUUCAACGACGCGUUAUUUGCAUAUCCAAGCAACGAUUUGCUGAUGCGAAUCUUUCUCGAAGAUUUUCAGGAUAAGAAAGUAUUUUACGAAAACGAGUUGAAAAAAACAACUGCCACAAUUCUCUCAUUUGAUCAUACUUUCAAGGUGAGCAAGCAUAUUGGAAUUAUCAGAGAUAACGAUGCAAAGUUUGUUGGACAAUUUUCAAACUUAUUUGUGGGGCUUAAUGAAAACAAAGAAAUAGUGACAUGGUGUCUAACACGUUCAACAAAAUUUGAGCAUAUAGAGAACAAUCUUAAGGAACUAAAGGGACGAUUAGACAAAGCCGGUGUUACAGCUCGAGCUAUCUUCGUAGAUGAUUGUUGCAAAGUGAGAGGCAAAUACCAAUCAGUUUUUGGUGCUGAACAAGUAGUAAAACUUGAUUUGUUUCAUGCCGUGCAGCGCAUUACCAGUACUGUGCGUAAAGGGACGGAAAUGUCUAAAAAGUUUGCCAAUGAAUUUGGCUUAGUUUUCAGAAAUAAUGCAGACUUGGGACAAACCAGGAACAUGCCUACACCACCACCCAACGUAAUUGAAGAAAAUAUAGAGAACUUUGAGCGAAGAUUGAAACAUGUGCUGGAUUUACCUGAAUAUGAGAAAACAAAAAACGAAAUAAAUAAAAUUAAAAUACACGUUCGCAAAGGAUGCCUUUCGGAUAUUAAUCCAGGAGAAGGAACUUCUAUGAAUGAAAAUUUACAUCAUUUUAUAAAUAGAUGUCUUCUAUGUGGAUCGUCAACAAUCGGUCCAGAAUUGGCAACUGCUGUACUGACCAUUCUUUUCUACACAAUAAACAGCAAACGAAAACGAUAUCACCAUGACAAAAAUACCAGGACGCACGUAUCUAUUCCAAUUGAAUCCGUGCUGCAAUGCGGCAAGGAACCGGCUGUCAGUUCAAAAAGUAAUUUGGACAAAACCAAUUCUGAUCAAAAUAUAUUGGUAAAUCAAGAAACCGAAACUGAGUCCCAAACGAAGCCUGUGGAAUCACCUUUACUUCUGGUUGGUGACUCAGUUGACGAUUUUUGCCAAGUAGAUGUUGCCGAAACCAUACUUAAACAUUCAAAUGAAAUGCUCAAUGUACUGGAGCGAAUAAACACUGCGAACCAAAACCGUUCAUUUAAUGUGUUUGAUACUCCAUUGCUGCAACUAAAAGGAUUGAAUAACAUAGUAUACACAGAAACAAUUGAUCAACAGCUUGUAGAUGAUAUAGUUAAGCAAAAUACGUUAGUCAGAAACCUAUCAGGCUUGGGACUAGAAGUAGACAUCGUGGAAGGUGAUGGUAAUUGCUGUUUUGUGAGCAUUUUACGUCAGAUUUCAAAUCUUCUUACUACCUUGCCACCAUUAACAAGAGAAACUGUUGAGGGACAUUUACGCUCUCUUGGAUUGUUUAUGCACGACUCUCUUGGCAUCGAAGAUCCAUAUAUUUUACGCCAACUUUUUGUUGACCAUGUUCAUGAGUUUGUUGACGAAUAUGCUACCAUGCUUGGGAUGGAUCAUACUGAACUGAUUAACGAGACAGAACAGUUCAGGAAUUCAGGCGUAUUUUAUAGUGAUGUCGGGGAUAUUGUUGUGAAAGUAUGCUCCGAGAUCCUCAACGUGUCAAUUGUUGUUGUAACAUCUAUGGAUGCGGCUCCAUAUAUUCCAUUCCUUCCAGCACGGUUUUGUUGCGAGUACCCUAUUUUUGUAGCUUAUUCGAGUAGCGGACUUGGUCACUAUAAUUCAACGAAGCCAUUACGUUAUGUUAGCUGUGAAGGUAUGUUAUGACAAUGUGAUUUUCAAAGAAUACUAACAAUAUUUCGUAUAUAUUUCGUACUGCAGGGUUUAUAAAAAAAAAACUGAACAGAUUUGAAAUUGCUCUCAAUUUCGCAAAACACCUAUUUGUAUCUGUUUUUAUAUAUAUAGCUUCUUUGGGUACUUAUAAUGUAAAAUAAUGAAAAAAAUUUCUCGAACUCAAAUUUUGUGAACCAGAGGAGUGUGUCUUUCCCAACAAACUAAAAAUGGCUCGCGCACAAAAUUUAAAAGCUGUAAUCAUAUUUUGAGUUAAAUCUGUCGGGUUUUUAAUUACUGUACAACAUUUCAGACAAUUUGGUUUAGUUUAAGCCUUUAACUAUUCAUUUUGUUCUAAAAAGUCAGCAUUUCGCAUGCUUAAUUAAUGCCUUUACCUAAUUUGCAUAUUGCUGACAUAUGCAAAUUAGCGAAAGGCAUUAAUUAAGCAUGCAAAUAGCUGAUUUUUCGAAGAUAUAGAUGUUUCCUAUCUUCCACCAUAUGAUAAUAUUCUUUCCAUUACAUAUACAAAUUAUUCAUUACCCAAUUAUAUAGUCUCGAAAUGAAUAAAUCUAUCAACAAUUUAAAAUAGUUGAAUUGUUUUUAGACUCAUCAAAGAAAAAUCCAAACCGGGGUUUAACACGUUGCACCUGUGGAAAAAAUAGCAAGCGGGAACAGGCCGAAGUCGUUCAUUGCGUACGAAAUGAAUCGUCACGUUGUCCGUGUGCUGCUAAUGGAGAUGUGUGUUCCAGAGAAUGCAAAUGCAAAGGCUGCCAAAACAAGGAGAAAAUAACUACCGUCCAAUCAACUUCGAAUGUUAUAAGUUGCUCUUGUGGUAAAGGAAAAAAGAAAUCUGAUCCCCUAUACAAAUCCUGUACGGACGGUGUAAGGAAGUCCAAAUGUAGGUGCCUUAAGAAUGGUUGGAAAUGUACGAGUGCAUGCGACUGUUACAACUGCCAUAAUCAAACAAAAGAGCUUCCAGUACCAACGCAGAAUGAUGAAACGAAAAGUGGAAAACGAAAAAGGGUAAAUCCGUCGCCGUACAAAAGAGCGAAAAGCAAAGAAUAUUUAAAAAAGGAAAUGGGACACGAACCAUUGCAAGGAUCUUGGACACACUUUGAAACGUUCGUUCUAGUAAGUAUUUUGUCUUUGCUUUCGACGUUACCUUUGUCACCAUCUAUUAACGACAUAGCUAAGCUGUACAAUUUCAUUGCUGACUACGACAAAAAAUGGCAGAAAAACGAACACCGAGCAAAGAUACGAGCGAAAUCAACGGCACAAAUGAGCGGGAAAGUAUCUAAUAUUCAAGAUAUUCAAGAAAUAAAUGAGUCCUUACAGCAGACUGAAUAA